GAAAAAAAAAAAAACAAAAAAAAAAAAACAGAAAAGAGAGAGUUUAGAAUUUAGAUCUCACCUAUUUUACUUCAUCGCAUCGUAACAUUCUCUUCUCUGUCCUAAUCCUCUUCAUAGUGAUGCCAUCAUCUUAGGGUUUUGAAUUGCGAUGGGUCUUGGAAACGAUGACGAUGACGGAGACGCGCGCAACUCCUUCUCUUCAGUGCCGUGCUCGAUUUGCCUCGAGCCUGUUACCGACAACGGUGAUAGAUCCUGGGCCAAGCUUCAAUGCGGACAUCAAUUUCAUCUCGAUUGCAUUGGCUCGGCCUUCAAUAUAAAAGGGGCAAUGCAGUGCCCAAAUUGUCGGAAGAUUGAAAAAGGUCAGUGGCUUUAUUCUAAUGGUUGCCGAUCAUAUCCAGAAUUUAGCAUGGAUGAAUGGACACAUGAUGAGGAUCUAUACGAUGUUAGCUACUCUGAAAUGUCCUUUGGAGUUCACUGGUGCCCUUUUGGUAACUUGACCCGGCUUCCUUCAUCUUUUGAGGAAGGGGAUUUUUCAUCCACUGCAUAUCAUGAUAUAGUGGGACAACAUGCUAUAUUUGCUGAACACACGGCUGUAUCAUCUGGCAGUCAUCCUUGCCCAUAUAUUGCCUACUUUGGACCAAUACAUCCCUCCACCUCCAACUCCGGUGCAUCUGUUUCUGAAGCUUCUAAUUUCAACCACUGGAAUGGUCCGCCUGUACCUGGUGACAUGCCAACCUCCUAUACAUUUCCUGCAGUGGAUCUUCAUUAUCACAGUUGGGAACACAAUUCCUCUCACUUUUCUUCUGCCAGCAGCCGUCUAGGCACUGCAGAUCAGACCUCAGUAUCACCUGGUAGUCAAAGGCCAACCAGGGGUGGUUCAGAGGUCCCUAGAUCCGGAUCUUUUAUGCAUCCCUUCCUCGUUGGUCACAGUUCUGCUGCUAGGGCUGGGAACUCUGUUGCAUCUUCGAUGAUCCCUCCUUAUCCAGGUAGCAAUGCUCGUGCCCGCGAUAGAGUCCAGGCUCUUCAAGCAUACUACCAACCCCAGCAACCUCAUAAUUCUACCACCAUACGGAUACCUGUUGCUUCUAGCACUCGAAGGGCCAGUAGUCAUAGUGGGUCAGUUCAAUUAGCACCAGUGGCCUCGUCACCAGACCAAAGUGGUGGCUUCGUUUAUAUCCCUUCAGGUUCUUCAGGACGCAAUUUUCAAGAAGAAACACAUCUGCCAAGUCGCUUCCAUGCUUGGGAAAGAGACCACUUGCCUUCCUUGGCAUUAAACCAUGUUGGUAGAGAAUCAAGUUGGAGAACAUACCACCAGACUGCCAGUGUGUCGGACCCAAGUGUCAGAUCCAGCAGCUUUCGAGUAAGGCACGAAUCCGAAAGAAUGCCUUCACAAAAUCGAUGAUAUACUUGUUUUAUGUCAAACUACAGUUAAUUGUGGAAAAUCAAAAAUUUAUGUAUGCUUGAGAAACGUUGCAUAAUGCUUUUAGCCUGGCUGGCGUGUUAUAACAGACUUUAUACUCUGGCUGGCCUUGGAAUUCAUCUUUCUGGCAGCCAUGUGGCAGUGUGAUGGACAUUGGUCUCCUCUAGUUUCUUUGCCUUGGAGGUCAUAAAAUAAGAUCUUGUCUAGUUGGGAUAAUCAGGUUUUGUAAAAAAUACCGGGGCAUUGUCAUCUCAAGUGAUAAAUUAGUGGAUGAGAGCAUUUGUGGUUGGAUUUAUUUUACAGGCAAAUGCUGUCUAUUGAGAAUGCGCUUAA